AUGCAAAAACACGGGAGGGUGGACAUCAUGUUCAACAAUGUCGGCAUCACAGAUGCCAUGAAAGGGAGUGUUGCCGAGUACGACGCGAAACAAUUCGAGAGUGUUAUGAACAUAAAUGCAAAGGGAGUUUUGUAUGGCAUGAAGCAUGCAGCCCGAGUUAUGAUCCCAGCUAAAAAGGGCUGCAUAAUUUCCACGACCAGUGUUGUAGGGGUUUUGGGAGGCACUACCUCAAUUGCUUACACUGCCUCUAAACAUGCUAUUGUUGGCUUGUCCAAAAGCGGCGCUGCUGAGCUGGGGAAGUUUGGAAUCAAAGUGAAUUGUGUGUCACUUUCUAGAAUUGCCACUCAUAUGGUCGUCAAGUAUAUGCAGAAUGGUUCUUCGGGGGAGGGGAAGGGCAGGACCAUGGUGGAAGAGUGGGCUAAUACUGUUGGGAACUUAAAGGGGGUUACUCUUAAAGUGGAGGAUAUUGCACAGGCUGCUCUAUAUCUGGCCAAUGAUGAAGUUUUUACAGCCAUGGCUUGUACACAGAGAAGGUAA